AUGACUACCCCUCCGCGCGUCCUCGUCUUUGGCACUGGCAGCGUCGGCACCGUCUACGCCUGGAUCCUCUCCCGCGCCGUCGGCGAGGGAAACUUGUACACGGUAUGCCGAUCGAACUAUGCUGUUGCCUCCACGGCAGGCUUCACCAUAAACUCGACAAUCUUUGGCGAUGGCCUCAAAUUCAAACCCCAAGUGGUACGGACCGUGGAUGAGGCUGUCUCGCUCUCGGGAGGCAAACCAUUCGACUACAUCGUUGUCACGGCCAAGGCCAUCCAGACAACGCCAUCAAUGCCAGAGCAACUCCGCCCGGCAAUCUCCCCUCACACGACUAUCGCAGUCAUACAAAACGGCAUCGCCGUCGAAAAACCAUAUCAAGCGCUCUAUCCAGACAACCCUCUGCUAAGCUGCGUGGUAUACCUCCCCGCCACGCAAAUUGCCCCCGCCGUGGUCACUCACCGUGAGAUCGCGCUGCUGCACAUUGGGACAUAUCCCUCCCACGCAUCUCCCGAGCACAAAGCCACGGCAGAAUCGUUCUCCCGCCUCCUCAACGCAGGGGGAGGCCGCACGCAGGUGCACGAAGACGUGCAAACAGAGCGCUGGAGCAAGCUGGCCGUCAACGCGAGCUGGAACCCCGUGUGCGCGCUCUCCCGUUCCCGCGACGCCCAGUUCCUCGCGUCCUCCCCGCCAGAGUACGCGUUGAACCUGAUCAAGUCGCUCAUGACCGAGAUAGCCUCCGUCGCACAGGCAUGGGGCUACGACAACAUCAACGCCAAGACGGUAGAAUUCCAGAUCAACCGCGCCAAGGCCAGGGAACUGCCCGGGGUAGAGCCCUCGAUGCUCGCGGACGCAAAAGUCGGCGCGAGGAUGGAGGUCGAGGCCAUCGUGGGCAACGCGGUCCGACUGGCUGAGGAAAAAGGCGUGCCCACGCCGUUGCUCAGGGGAAUCUACGCUCUGAUCAAGGCGUUGGAUGCCACUUUCCAAAAAGACCCCGAGAAGGUGUCUGCUCCGUGA